AUGGAACAACUGCUGGUAAACCGUUCAGACGUCGGCAUUGGAAGACCUACGGAGAAAGAGUACGCUGUUAUAGGACAAGCAGAGUUGUGUCAACGUCUCAAGUAUGCAGGAACAGUUCGAGAAACCCAUUGGGAUUCGAUGAGCGUAAAUGCAUGGACGACUGGAGGAAGGUGGAUUAGCAUCGACGACGGCAGCAUACAGUCCAAAUACAAGAUGCGAUAUUCACUGCGAGAAGGACUAGCCGGCGUUGGUCUGAUGUCGUUGAACGAAGACGAUCACAUGGGCAAGUGUGGAUCCGGAGCCUUCCCAAUAUUGCGUUCAAUUACUGCGAAAUGUCAU